AAGGCGGCAUUGUUGGCCGCGUCCAUCACUCCUCGUCCCCGGCUGACAUAAUGAAUGCGCUUGGACACACCUUCCAGCCCGGCGAAGAGGCGCCGCGUCUCCACGGACAGCCUCACCGAGCCCUCCGCUCCGCUCCCCACAGCCCUCGGGGAGGCGCCCCGCCAGCCCGCCCGGCCCCAUAGCCCGGCGCCCCGUCCCAGCCCAGUGAGGGGCCGCGGCGGCCGGGCCGGGCUGGGCAGGGCGAGGAGGGUAGAAACUCUCGCUAUGCUGCCCAGCGCCCUUUACUGGGACCUGGUGGGCUCCUCGGCUCUCCUCAACCUGCCGGCGGCGCCGGGCUUCGGCAACCUGGGCAAAAGUUUCCUCAUCGAGAACUUGCUGCGGGCCGGGGCUCCGAGCCCUGCCCAGCUCCGUCCCCUCCCCGCCAACCCCGUGCCCCUCAAGCUGUGCCCCGCGGCGGAACAAAUCAGCCCCUCAGGGGGUCCCUUCCCGGCAAGAUGGGCUUUCCAAGUGCUUAACCCCUCGGCGGCGGACGGCGGCCGCCCGCCAGCGCGGGCCGCGGCGGCGGAGAGAGGCGGCAUCUUCCCGCCGGCAGCCACAGCUCUUUCCAAACACUUUUUUCUCCGAGCCCCGCCAUUCUACUCAGCAUGCUGCGGUGGGUCCUGUCAGCACCCUGCAUCCCCCACUGCUUUUCCAAGGGAGGAAAGUGUGCUGCCUCUUCUGACCCAGGAGUCUAGCUCCAAAUCCCGGAGAGGCAUAUUAAGAAGAGCUGUCUUUUCUGAAGACCAGAGGAAAGCUUUGGAGAAAAUGUUCCAGAAGCAGAAGUAUAUUAGUAAAACAGACAGGAAGAAACUGGCCCUUAACCUGGGUCUAAAGGAGUCUCAGGUGAAAAUCUGGUUUCAGAAUCGGAGGAUGAAAUGGCGAAACUCCAAAGAAAAAGAAGUGCUUUCUAACAGGUGCCUCCAAGAAGAAGGUCUUCAGGAGAACUACCUCUCACGAUCCACCAUGAAUUUUACCUCCCCAUGCCCAUCUGUGUGGGAAAUGUCUGAAGAGCGGGCAAGUCCAAGGUGGAGGGAGAAUUCUCCAGGAAAUCCUGAAAGACUGAAUACUACACAACCACCUCCAAGAGCAAAUUCAUUGCAGAGCCCACUCUAUUUGUAUCCUGACCAAGACACGGCAAACAAGGCAUCAUCAAGUUCUUGUACUGACCUUAAAGGUAAAAUAGGAAAUGAUGUUGAAAUCCCAGAACCAACUCAGAUUCUGCAAGAAACAUUUGGUGGGGAGGAGAACAGACAGAUUGUGUACACAUGGGGAUGAAUUUGAUGUUGAAAUCCUGCCCUGUUUGACCAGCUCCUGCCUGAAGAACCGGCUCGGGCUGUGCUGCUGACACAGAGAUCUCACUGCCCAGCCCAGCAGCCUCAGGAACAGAAGAGACUUUUCUCAUCCCACCUAUUGAAGAUCCUCCAUAUGCGUCUGAAUGUGGAUCGUGAAAGUAUGUUCUUAAAGUCAGGCAGAGGACCUUCCCUGAUACCUAAGAAGAGGCUGCUGAUUUCCUUCUAAGCUCUUGGACUUUUGAAAUGUAUCACAAUGCAGAUUUUUUCAGUCUCUAUCAGGCACAGCCACAGUCAUGUUUUACUGCAUGUGAAUAACUGUGAGCCUGUGUACAUGAAAGGCUAGCUAGCUCCUCCAUGGACCUCAUAUAACAUUGUUAAAAGCUGGAUUUGAUGACCACAGGUAUGUUAGCACUUAAACUUGUACUUAUUUACAGUAUAAAAUGGUUUUCUGAAAGUUACCUUGUUUUUAUCGAUCCUUUGCCAAACAGGAAAUAAAUGUUAUGAUCUGCUGAGAAAAGGGCUGCUUUAAGGCACAAAACUGCAUUACUAACUUCAGUGUCAGAACAGUAGUACAAAGGUCAAAUGUCACUCCUGAUCUUCACUAAUACAUCAUAUUUGUUUUAUCUGCUGUGAUUUACUAGUACUGGGUUUUAAAUACCAGUUGCCAUCACUGUA